UCACUUUUCAGAAUAUUUAUUAUUAAAAGAAAUUACUCUACCAUCAACAAUUACAUCAAUAGGAAACAGUUGUUUCAGUGGAUGUACUUCAUUAACUAAUAUUAAUUUACCAUCAUCAUUAAGAGAAUUAGGAGAUUAUUGUUUUGAAUAUUGUUCAUCAUUAACAUCAAUUAUUAUACCUACAUCAGUUAGUAGAAUAGGGAAAUGGUGUUUUUAUGAAUGUCGUUCACUGAUUAAUGUUAAUAUUCCAACAACAAUCAAAGAAAUAGAAGAUUGGUAUUUUAGUGUAUGUUUAUCAUUAACAUCAAUCACUAUCCCUCAAUCAGUCAGUAAAAUAAAAGAGUGGUGUUUUUAUGAAUGUACUUCAUUAAUUAACACUAAUAUACCAUCUACUGUCAAAGAAAUAGGAAAUAGUUGUUUCAAUAUUUGUGUUUCUUUAACAUCAAUUAAUAUCCCAUCAACAAUCAGUAAAAUAGGAAAUGAAUGUUUAUUUAAAUGUAUGUCAUUAGUUGAUAUUGAUAUAGAUACUGUACAAUUCAUCAGUGAAGAUAGAAUAUUUAUGAAUGAACCAGUAUUAGUUAUAUUGAAAUACCAGAAAAUUUAA